UGCAUAAACUUAGAAUCACUUUAAUCAUAUCUUUAAUACUUAAUUAAAGAAAGCUACCAAGCAUGAAUUCAUGCAUUUUGUGGAUAGUUUUCUUGCAAGUGACUGGGCACUCGUUUUCCUUCACAUUACAUGGAGGAAAUGAGACAGACAAACUCUCUUUGCUAGCUUUCAGGGCUCAAAUUACAGAUGAUCCCUUUGGUGCACUUAACUCGUGGAACGAAUCCUUCCACUUCUGCGAGUGGUCUGGUGUUACAUGUGGACGCAGACAUCAGCGAGUUGUAGAGCUUGACCUGCACUCUUAUAAACUGGUGGGCGGCCUAUCUCCCUCUAUUGGCAACUUGAGUUUCCUUAGGCUACUGAACCUGGAAAACAAUAGCUUGAGCAGCAAUAUCCCUGAAGAACUGGGUCAUUUGUUUCGGCUACAAAUGUUGAGACUAGGUAACAAUUCGUUUAGUGGUGAAAUCCCUGUUAACAUUUCAAGCUGCACAAAUCUCCUUGCCCUUCGUUUAGAGGGCAACAAUCUCACUGGUAAGCUUCCUGAACGACUAGAAUCAUUAUCAAAAUUGAAAGUAUUAAAUUUUAAAAUGAAUGAUCUGGUCGGCGAAAUACCACCUUCAUUUGGAAACCUUUCAUCUAUCGUAGAAAUUCGUGGGAUGGGGAAUAAUUUGAAAGGAGUUAUUCCAAAUAGUAUAGGGCGAUUGAAAAGAUUACAAAUCUUUUCAUUCGGCAUCAAUAAUUUGAGUGGUACAAUCCCUCCUUCCAUAUUCAAUCUCUCUACUCUUACUAAUUUUGCUGUGCCAAUGAAUCAACUUCAUGGGACUCUGCCUCCUGACUUGGGCCACACCCUUCCAAAUCUUGAAAUCCUUCUAGUUCACACAAACCGCUUCAGUGGACUGAUUCCCAUGACAAUCUCUAAUGCCUCAAAUCUCUCUAAUGUUGAACUCUCAGACAACUUCUUCACUGGGAAAGUACCCGCCCUAGGAAGCUUGCCUUACUUGUGGCACCUGUCAAUUGGUUACAAUGAUCUUGGAAGUGGCCAGGACGAUGACCUGAGUUUUCUCUACCCCCUGGAAAACAACACCGUUUUGGAAAUUUUUGAGAUAGCUGGCAACCAUUUAGGAGGGGUACUUCCUGAAACACUUGGCAACUUCUCCAAAAAUUUAAGGAUGAUGGGAUUUGGGAGAAACCAAAUACGUGGAACAAUUCCAGAUGGGAUUGGAAAUCUCAUCAGCCUGGUUGCUUUGGGCUUGGAGUCAAAUCAAUUGAGCGGUAUGAUACCAAGUUCUAUUGGUAAAUUACAAAAUUUAGGUUAUUUAUAUCUAGAUCAAAAUAAAAUCUCAGGCAGUAUCCCAUCAUCUGUAGGCAAUAUGACGUCGUUAAUUGCUGCUCAUUUAGAACUCAAUAGUUUACAUGGAAGUAUCCCAUCGAAUCUUGGAAAUUGCCAAAACUUGUUGGAGUUGGGUCUCUCUAAUAAUAAUUUGAGCGGUCCCAUACCCAAAGAAUUACUAAGUAUCCCUUUAGGAACUGUUUCCUUAAACCUAUCUGAAAAUCAUCUGACAGGUUCUCUUCCCUUGGAAGUGGGUAAUCUGGUGCAUCUUGGUGAGAUAGAUGUUUCUAAAAAUAGGUUAUCCGGUGAGAUUCCCCGUAGUCUUGGUAGUUGCGCGAGUUUAGAGCUUUUGAGUUUGAAGGGUAAUUUUUUCAAAGGGUCCAUUCCUGAGUCUCUGAGUUCUUUGAGAGCACUUAAAGUUCUUGAUCUCUCUUACAACAACUUAAGUGGCCAAAUUCCCAAGUUUUUGGGAGACUUAAAGUUGUUAGAAAGUCUGGAUCUGUCAUUUAACGACCUUGAAGGUCAGGUGCCCGUGCAAGGUGUCUUUGGCAAUACAAGUGUAAUUUCCAUUGCAGGAAACAAGAAGCUCUGUGGAGGUAUACCUCAGUUGAAUCUGUCCAGAUGCACAACCAAUGAGUCGGCAAAGCUGAAAUCUUCCACUAAGAUAUUGAUCGUCGCAAUGUCUGGGGGCUUGCUUGUGGUAAUCUUGUUGGUCUCUUCCAUGCUUUUCUAUUUCUUUAGAAAAACAAAAGAUAUGCAGGCUUCUAGUACAUCUACAUGGGGGAUACCAUUUAGGAGAGUAGCCUACCAAGAUCUCCUUCUAGCAACUAAUGAAUUCUCUUCGGCCAAUUCAAUCGGUGUUGGCAGUUUUGGUUCAGUCUACAGAGGAAUCCUUCCUCCGGAUGGAAUGGCUGUUGCAGUGAAGGUACUUAACCUUUUACGCAAAGGAGCUUCCAGGAGUUUCAUGGCAGAAUGCGCAGCCUUGGUAAACAUCAGGCAUCGAAAUCUUGUUAGAGUAGUAAGUGCAUGCUCUAGCAUUGAUUUUCAAGGAAAUGAUUUUAAGGCUAUAGUUUACGAGCUCAUGGUCAAUGGAAGUCUAGAAGAAUGGUUGCAUCCAAUUCAUCAGCCAAACAACGCACAAGAGCUGAGAAGUUUGAAUCUCAUUCAGAGGUUAAAUAUUUCGAUUGAUGUGGCUAAUGUGCUCAACUAUUUGCACCAACACUGCGGAACACCUAUUGUCCAUUGUGAUUUGAAGCCCAGCAAUGUUCUUUUAAAUGCUGAAAUGACAGCUUGUGUUGGGGACUUUGGACUAGCAAGGCUUCGUCCAGAAGUUUCCCAUCAAUUAUCUUCGGGACAGACCAGCUCCGUUGGCUUGAAAGGCACCAUCGGCUAUGCAGCACCAGAGUAUGGUGUGGGCAGCGAUGUGUCAACUUACGGGGAUGUGUACAGCUUUGGCAUCUUGUUGUUGGAGAUGUUUACAGGAAAAAGACCUACAGAAGGCAUGUUUAAAGAUGGGCUGAACCUUCACAAUUAUGCUGAAAUGGCAUUGCAUGGCCGAGUUUCGGAGGUCGUGGAACCAAUACUUCUCCGAGAAGAUGUGGAAAGGAGUAUCCAUUCCUCUCAUAGGAUGAACCAUAUUGAAACUGGAAAAAUCCUCGAAUGUCUGAUUUCAAUUAUCAAGAUAGGAGUUGCUUGUUCUGUAGAGUUGCCACGAGAGAGGAUGGAUAUGAGCAUUGUUGUGGCCGAAUUGCAUCGAAUUAGGGACAUCCUUUCUGGAACCAGGAUCCGUGGACAGCUUGAAAACGUUUCAUUACGCGAAGGUGCUUGAGUCCAUUACAUUGGCAAAUGAAGAGUACGGUUCAAGGCGGAGUAGAAUAGCAUUGACAAUGAAUAAUAUGGUUAUCUCUUUGAAACAUUUUCCUCGUUUAUUUUCUAUGCAUAUGUUUGCUCAAGAGCUGUACUAGUGUGAUAGAAAUGGGAACCUGUAAUAUAUAUUAUGGUAAUAAAUAUCAAUAUUUUUGAUACCCA